AUGGCAACCGAUCCGGGUCCAAAACUAACUGACGCAUUAAAAGAAAUAAAGAACAAAAUGUCGUAUAAAAAUGUAAUAUUACACAGUGGUAAAGUUUCUAAAAUAAAUUCUGCACAAUUUUACAAAAGCCUAGCUAAUAAUUUAAAAUCUCGAAUGAUGACUUCCAGUUCAUCAAAUGUCAGUCGUAAUGAAAAAAAUCGCCAAGACAAUGACAAAACGUUUAAAAACUUACUUGAUAAUAUUGAAAAAUUGAAUCCAAAAAAUUGGCCACUUUCGAAUGAUGGCCAAAUAGAAAACAUACAAUUUGGUGACUAUAAUAUUCGUAAUUUAUGUCAACAAUUUCAAAUUGAUUAA